UUAACGAUUAUAACCCUAGCCGUGCGCCUCCGGACUUCCAAGCCUCGCCGUCUCUGCCCCUCCCUGCCAGAAACCUAAACCCUCGCCAUCUUCUAGCUUGCAAUGGACUCGAGGAAGAACGGCGCUACCGCGGCUUUUCACGAGCUCGUCAAGCACCACAUUGAAUCCUUCGAUUACUUCCUCGACGAAGGGCUAGAGAAGGCUCUCAUGGCGAUCGAACCUGUGCAUAUUGUUGACCCAUUCACUGGGUCGAAGCUAAAAAUAUUUUUUGAGAAGCCAUACUUGUAUCCUCCUACGAGAAAUGGACGACUGAGUGAACCUAUCUUUCCGGCUGAGUGCAGGCAAGCGAAGUCUACGUAUAGAGGUGAAUUCAAAAUAGAAGUUGGGUUCCAGUAUGAUGGAGGAGUCGUCAUAAGAGAGAAAAUUAGCUUUGGGCAUCUGCCGAUUAUGUUGAUGUCAAAGAUUUGCCAUUUAAAAGGAUCCGAUCCUCGAAAAUUAGUACAUUAUAAAGAGGAGGCUACUGAAGUUGGCGGAUAUUUCAUUUCUAAUGGGCUGGAGCGGCUUGGUCGUCUUUUAAUGAUUCAAAAGCGCAAUCAUCCAGUGAGUGUUGUUCGUCGUAGUUUUCGUGGUCGAGGAGAUGGUUUCAGUGAUAAAGCAGUUGGAAUAAGGUGUAUUCGAGAGGAUCAGUCUUCCAUCAAUCUCACUUUGUAUUACCUUCAAAUCGGAAGUGCUAGAGUUGGUUUCCGGGUAUCUGGGAAGGAGUAUUUGCUUCCAGUUGGCCUUGUCUUGAAGGCUCUCAUUGAGACUAAUGAUCGUGAAAUUUGUGUGAGCUUGGCUUGCUGUAAUGAAAAGUACAAAAAAGACGAAGGUGCGGUUGGAAGGGAUCGAAUAAUUAUGAAUGAACUAGAACCAUCUCUCCAAACCCGCAGUCAAUGCCUUGAACAUAUUGGAAAGAUCUUCAGACCUGCCUUUUCUAAAUUUGAUAAUGAAAGUGAUACUUUUGUUGGUGAGGCUGUUUUGAGAGGUUACAUUCUCGUGCAUCUUAAUAACAACCAUGAGAAGUUUAAUUUAUUGAUUUUUAUGCUGCAGAAACUCUUUGCGCUUGUUGAUCAGACUGCCGCCCCUGAUAAUGUGGAUGCUCUACAAAAUAUGGAAGUUCUGCUUAUUGGACAUAUUAUAACUAUCUAUCUAAAGGAGAAGUUGGAAGAAUGGUUGCAGAAGGCAAAGCAGCGGAUUACUGAUGAGAUGAAAAAGAAAGCAAAAGAUUUUGAAUUUAGAGAUUUAGGGCUUGUUAAGAAAAUCAUUAGCCUCAAUGCUUCCGGGGUUGGCAGAUCUAUUGAGAGCAUGAUCAAAAUUGGACGAAUUGCCGCAACUUCUAGUCUUGAUUUGCCUCAGCGAGAAGGACUAACUGUUCAGGCAGAGAGGCUCAACUAUCUUCGUUUUAUUUCACACUUUCGCUCUAUUCAUAGAGGUUCUGCUUUUUCAAAAAUGCGAACGACGGCUGUUCGCAAAUUGUUACCAGAGUCUUGGGGUUUUCUUUGUCCAGUUCACACGCCUGAUGGUACACCUUGUGGUUUGUUGAAUCACAUGACAUCUGCAUGUCGAGUUUCAUCUUGCUAUGACCAAAAUGGUUUAAUAAAAGAUUUUCUAAAGAUUCGGAUGACCAUUCAGUCUGUUUUGAUUGGGCUUGGAAUGGCUCCUCUACUGCCAAGGCUUGAGCAUACUGGUCCUCCGGAAGUUCUUCAUGUUUUAGUAGAUGGUUGUGUUGUAGGUUCAAUUGCUUCUGCCAUAAUAGAAAAAGCAGCAAUGCAUUUACGGAGCUUGAAAUUCGCUUCUUCUUCGGAUAUACCUGAUGAUUUGGAAGUAGGAUAUGUACCUUUAAGUGAGGGUGGCGCCUACCCAGGAUUGUAUAUCUCUACAUCUCCUUCUAGAUUGAUUCGGCCUGUUAAAAAUCUUUGCUGCACCACUGAUCAAAAUGCUAAUAUUGAGUUUGUUGGCCCUUUUGAACAGGCUUUCAUGGAGAUUAGUUGCCCAGAUGGUGGAAAUGGGGGAAGAAGAGAGUUCUUCCCGGAAACUCAUGAAGAGAUCCAUCCAACUGGAAUACUUAGUGUGGUUGCGAGUCUCACUCCCUGGUCUGAUCACAAUCAAAGUCCACGCAAUAUGUACCAAUGCCAGAUGGCAAAGCAAACAAUGGGAUUUUCAGGCCAAGCUUUGCAAUUCCGAGCAGAUAACAAGACAUAUCAUCUGCAGACACCUCAAUCACCAAUUGUGCGGACAGCUUCAUACAACAAAUUUUGCAUGGAUGAAUUUCCCACCGGGACAAAUGCAAUAGUUGCUGUUCUAGCUUACUCAGGCUAUGAUAUGGAGGAUGCCAUGAUCUUGAACAAAUCAGCUGUUGAGCGUGGGCUUUUUCGUGGGCAUAUAUACCAGACAGAAACUAUUGAUUUGGCUAAUAAGAAGAACCAGGCAGAAAAAGUUUCAGUCGUCUUUUCAAGAGGCCUUGAUGCUCCCAAAUCAUUGAUAGAUUCAGAUGGUCUUCCUUUCAUUGGACGGAUGAUUCAUCCAAAUGAGCCAAAGUAUUAUACUUAUAAUACACUUUCUAGUUCAUCCUCAUCGUGCAUGUUAAAAGGAUCUGAAUCGAUGAUUGUCGAUUAUGUUGCUGUUGAUGGUACUGGUUCGAAGAAGUACAUUCAAAAGGUAAAUAUCCGUGGCCGUCGAGUCAGAAAUCCGACGAUCGGUGACAAGUUUAGUAGCAGGCAUGGACAGAAAGGUGUUUGCUCUCAAUUAUGGCCGGAUGUUGAUAUGCCAUUUUCUUCAAUCACAGGAAUACGACCAGAUCUGAUAAUUAAUCCACAUGCAUUUCCUUCACGAAUGACUAUUGGAAUGCUUCUAGAGUCUAUUGCAGCAAAGGGUGGGAGCUUACAUGGUGAAUUUGUUGAUGCAACUCCCUUUUCUAGUUCAAUUCGGGAAAAGAAUUCAGAGAACUCAUCCGAAAAAAGCUCCUUGAUUGAUGAAAUAGGUCCCAUGUUAGUCUCUCACGGAUUUAACUCCCAUGGAGUAGAGGUUCUAUACAGCGGCAUUCUUGGUACCGAAAUGCAGUGUGAAAUUUUUAUGGGGCCCGUUUAUUACCAAAGACUUCGACAUAUGGUUUCUGAUAAGUUUCAGGUUCGAUCUACCGGAACUGUGGAUCAAAUUACCAGACAACCAAUUGGAGGGAGGAAGCGUGGAGGUGGAAUUCGUUUCGGAGAGAUGGAGCGCGAUUCCGUUCUCGCUCAUGGAGCUGCUUAUCUUCUGCAUGAUCGCCUCCAUUCAUGCUCUGAUUAUCACCUAGCAGAUGUCUGCUCCAAUUGUGGGAGCCUCAUCUCUGCAACUUUGGUUGAGCCGCGGAAGAGGAUGUUGAAGGACAUCAAAGGUAAUCUUCCUCCAUUGAGAUCGGUGACCAAGGUAAUAUGUCGUUCCUGUAAAUCAAGCAAGGGAAUGGAGACUGUUGCAAUGCCUUAUGUUUUUAGAUAUCUGGCUGCUGAAUUGGCUGCAAUGAAUGUAAAAUUGGACUUGCGUUUGAGUAACAAAAUCAGAACUUGAAUCUGUGUUUUAUCAUCAUUAAUUGGCUGCAAAUGUAAUCUUUUUGUUGUUGUAAUUUAUACUUUUGUUGUUUUAAAAUAUUUAUUGUUGUAAUAUUUGAACUAAUAAUAAAUAGUCUAAUUUAUCUUGCAA